AUGGCUCGUCUGGGCGUUAAUUGGGGAACCCUGAAGCCAAAUAACAAUUACAACCGCACUCAUAUCCGCACUUACUCGAACGAAGCCAGAUUGUCCUUAGGGGAAUUAAAAGAUAGAUCUCCCGUGCAACCCUUCCGUACAGCCGGACAUUACGGAAGCGCCAUCAGUCUAAAAAGUCUAGAAACGGAAAGUUCUGGGAAUGGCAACAACAAUCUCAAGUGUCUUGACUAUAACAGUGGCAGUUUAAUUAAUCUUCGGGACCAAGUAGAGACAUCGCAAGUUAGACACAGAAGUCCCAGUCUGCCUCCGAUCUUCAAUAAGGAUCAACAGCAGUAUUUCUGUCAGCUGGAACAACAGCGUGACUUCAGUGUGGAGGGAUCGCGAUACCAGUCACAAAGAUCGCAAAAACUGGAACACCGUUGCCAUCGAUCCAACGAGCAUCGCGAGAACCAAAAAGAAGCUCGACAUUACGGCUCGCCAGAGGAACGCGAGGGCGAAACUUCCGGUUACGCCAGCGAUUCCGUGGAUGUACCACAGGCGGAGCAAAGAGCUCUGCCUGAUAAAGCAGCAACCAGGAUGGAAAUGACGGAAAAAACAUGGCAAAAUCCUUACUGCAUUACGCCGGAAAGUUCACUGCCACCGUCGAGAAGGCUUUCGCCCGGUAGAUUGGGUGAACUCAACAGGCCAAGAUGGGGCAGUGUCUGGGGUCAAGACGCUAGAGGUGAUCCACCACCGCCCUCUUGGCUAUCAAGAUUAGGACAAUCGAGCCAAGUUUUGGUGAUCAAUCACGAUAGUGCCAGCAGCCCGGAUAGUUCAACGACUGGCUCAACCGGCUCCGAUAUCAAUAAAGUGUCUUAUCUUCGGGGUCAAAACAUUCCUAUGAACGCGGAGAUCCUUCAGGAACGCGAAAUGAAACGUCAGAAAGCGCUGGAGCUUCAGAACGCCAUCAAGCAGCAACUCGAGGAGAAGGAUAAGCAGAGAAAAGAAGAGAAAGAGCGGCGGAUGAGAGAGGAGAUGUUGGAAGAAGAACGAAUCCGGCGCGAGAGAGAAAGGGACCAAGCGAGGUUUGAAGAGGAGCAGCGAAUAAUACGGGAAAAAGAAGAGGCGAAAUUGAGGAAGGCGCAGGCCAUGCGCGAGGUGCUGGAAGCUGCGGAACGGCUGGCAAAGGAAGACCGGAAAAAUCGACGAAAGCGAGAGGAACACACCAACGAAGAUACCGACAUCGUGCCGCAGUCUUCCAACGAAUCGAACAUGGUCGCAAACACGAGCGACAAACUCGAAGAAAAUAACUGUUUGCAAGCGCAGAAGCAAAGCGCGAACUUGAUCGAUCAUCCCGAGGAAAAGUCCAGCCCGAAGAACGCCAAGGAGACCGACAAUUAUCGGGAGAGCGAGAAUGAUAAAAAUCCGAAAGAAAUGUGUUCACGGAAAAGCUACGCGGACAAAUCGGAGGAGGCCACGUUGGACUUGAAUCCGAGAUCCCUCCAGAUGCCCGUGAGCAAAGACGUGGCGAUCGUGUUGAGCGGCCGGCUGGAGGAUCCCGAAAUCCUGAGCAGGGCGAAUCUGCAAUUGGUGAACCUGAUGAUGACACCGAGCCCGCGCAGGUUCACAGAGAGCACCGCGGAUUAUUUCUCUCUGGGACUCAACACGAUCAUGAGGAAUAACAUCAGUCCCAGGAACCUGCAGAGGAGAUCAUCGAGGGACGCCUCGUCGACUGUCGUGGAGAACAGACUGCUGACGCCGAGCAAAUACAGAACGCCAGCCGGUCGAGACUUCGGCACUCAGACAGACGUGGAAUCCGACGUCCAGGAGCUGCAGGAGAAGCUGCAGGACCAAUCGGUCGGAGACCAAGGUACCAUGAAGGACCGGAAGGACACGACAAACGCCAAUCGAAGAAACAUUGAAAAAUCAAGUAAUAUGGGUCCUGGCGAAGAAAUUCCUGUAAAAACUCUUCCGCGAGCCAAAUCGCAGCCCAGAACUACGCUCGAUAGCAGACCGCGAUGGAACGCUAAUCGCCCAGGUACACGAUAUCGAACGCAAAGCGAGAAAGAUCCACACUAUCAAAGACGACUACGAUUAAGAAGACGACAAAUUGAAUCCAGUGAUGAAGGGUCUAGAUCACCGUCCCCUGACCGACGGAAAUCAAAUAACGGAAAGUCAAAAAGCCGAAACACUAUAAGACGUAAGGCGAAGCUCGAGAAUUACGACGCCGAUCUGUCGAUGGAUAGUCUGAAUUCCGUUGUGCCUUUGCGAAUCGAUAAAGACGGGAAAAUUACUAUCGAGAAUCAUGCCGAGAAAUUACGGUCGAGGCGCGAUAUGAGUCACACAAGAAAAACGGAUGAAGAUAGCUCUAACAUUUGGUGCGGACAGGAAAUCUUGUCCAAACUGUCAUCAUUAAAAAGCGGACUUCUGAUGAAGCAGAUCGAGUGGGAUUCCGAGCGAUGUCUGGUCUCACCCACUGCGUCCGAAAUCUUUUAAACGCCUACAAGAUU